AUGGAGGAAUCAGCUGGUCUGGAACUCUUCGCGCAAUACUUGCAAGGGGACGAUGACGUGGACUCGCUUUUUGGUGGCGGCGACCAGGAUGGCGAGCUGGGUUCCCUCUUUACGGAACCCGCCGCCGAAGUUGAGCCAUCAACACCGGGGCCCGACUGUGAGCCAGAAUUGCCUUCGUCGCAACAGCGCCCCCAUGAGGCGGCUAACCCUCCUGCGCAGCUCGACUCCGCCGCCGACCAACCGCCGACCCGGUCGGCUCAACGCCCCGCCCUUUCGCUGCCCCAGCUCUCGCUCCCCGCAGUCCCUGAUCCUCUGGCUGCCUCUUUAUUGCACCAGCAUGGACACACUUCAGGUGACCUCGUGGUUAGUACACAAGUCUCUGCUUCUGCUUCUGGCUCUGGACCCGCCGCACCAUCGCUCGAGGAACUUGACGAUGCGGCCUUAGAAGCCGAACUAUCGGGCCUCUGGGAGGCCGACGCAAGCGGCGAACAGCCUGUUAAUGCUCAAACAGAAGACCAAGAAAGCGAUCCCAUUCAAGAGGAAUUCCAAAUCCUCACCACGCAAAUACCGGGCUUUCGCUACGCAAAUAGCAACACGAACGCGUUCAUUCGCCUGCCGCGGCGCAUCGACCUCAACCUCAAACAUGCCGAGGAACUGGUGGAGGUGCUUUAUGGCUACCUCGAGCUGAAUGCCGCUGAGGGUAAGCGCCUUAUGGCGGAUAUGAAGAAGCUCCUAAAAGAGCCCCCUCUCUCGGCCCUCGUCGCACAGCCCGCCUCUCGCUCCACCGAAACCAAAAGGAUUCUGGUCAGGAUGGCAUUCUAUAUGCUAAUUUCCCAGGAAUGGGGCCGCACUUGGUUUGGUGAAGACCACGAGACCGCUGCAUCCCGGAAAUAUCUCUGGCCCAGGGACUCGUCGAUUCUUUUAGCCGGCUUCGUCACGAUCCUCUACCGCGUUUACACCAACCGGAAGCAGGUGUACCAAGGCAUCAUGCGCGCGCAAUCUCGGCUCCGGGAGGCAAACCCGUCACCACCACCGUCACCAGCCCCGUCGGCUCCACCUGCCGAUUUCUCUCAAAGCCCAUCGCCCGUGCCGGCGAGUCAGUCCUUCUUCGAGGUCAUCGCCAAGGAUGCGAGUGCCGGCAAGAAGCGCAAGCACAGCGAGGCGGUGCUUGGCAUUAACCAAGUCCACUACGACGUCGAGGUCCCCGCCAACGCCCGGCUAAAGUACCACAUCUACGUCAAGGACAAGAACGACGGUGCCGACCUUGCGCCGACCAGCACGUAUCGGCACACCGACUACAUGAUUUCGCGCGGUGCCUUCUCCAGUCUCAAGGCUGCCUUCGAAGCCACUGGGCAGGACCCCGUUUACAUAAUUCACACUCCCUUUGGCAGGAGGGCAGUGACGAGCGAAGAGGAGUGGGAGAAUGCUGUCUUGAUCAUCUACAAUGCCAGGCGUUCGGGCGGGGUGGUGGAGGUUGAUAUUCUCAUUUGA